GGCUAAGUAUGUAUUCAUCACUGCCACCCGUGCGACUGAGUAUACAGACUAUCUGGUGUCUGACAGGCGCACAGGUCACUGCUCAGGCUGGGCACUGCGCAUCAUGUAUCUAUACACAGGCACAUACCACCCCAUGCACGCCGCAGGCUCCUAUCUAAUGAUGCUGUACGUCCCAAACCGAGGAACUCCAAACCAGCAAGAGCCACAAAUCCCUAAUUACCCCCGCAAACAGUCUCUCCACAACCCUCACCACCGCCGCACUCCUCCCCUGGCUCACAACAAUCACAUCCGACACCAGACAACUCCCCGCCCGCACCUCCCCCAUCUUCACGCCCGCGCAAUGCAAGACCGCCCUCAGCCACACCGCCACCCUCGCCCUCGCCUUCCAAGCCAUCGGCGCCAUCCUCUGGGGCACCGCCUUCCAAGGCCCCAAAUCCGCUGACCACGCGGCUGACGUGCUGGCAAGCGGGUACACGAUGCUAGCAGCCGGUCUCCUCGCCUCGCUGCUCGUGCUGACUGCCAUCACGCUCGCUCUGGCGCGCUACACCUGGUCCACGCGUCUCUGCGCGCCGUCAGAGCAACACGGCGUUAUCCC